AUGAAUUUAUUGUCGCGUCAAAUAUUUCUAUGGUUUUUGGUAUUGUUUAACGUCACCUCGUCAAACCCUAUACCUCGGUAUCGAGAAGGAGAUAUUAUUUGGAUCGGAGGACUUAACUAUACUUUAGGUCCUGAUAUACUUGAUAUACAAAAGAGAUGCCCAACUUAUAGCUAUGUUGUCUCUCAAAAUGCAACUAUUGAUAAUUUCGUUAAUGCUUAUGUUGAAGAAUGCCCUAUCACAAAACAUGAAUAUAAUCAUAAUUAUUCACCGGUGCAUAUUAACAAAACAUUGUAUGGUUUGAUCGAUGCCAAUACCAAGACGGUAUUGGCAGUGAAUCUUGAUAUAGAACACUUGCAUAGUUUAUUAAAUAAGAACGAAAAUCACUUACUAUGGAGAGAUGAGGAAGAAGAUUUGUUAAUUGAAAGUACAUUUAUUACUCCGUUAAAUCUGUCUACUGUUGACAUUUACAAACCUCAUCAUCAGUUGAUCAAGAGAGGUGUAGCUAAUAAUCCUUCAUUGAUUACUGAACUUACGAUUGAACAGUUUAGCCAAAGUGAUGAAUUACAGAAAAGAACUAACUGGUCCGAUAUAUCUAAAUACGUCUUGUCCAGUUUUUUUAAGUAUGUCUUUUAUUAUGUAGUAGGUGAUGCAGUGUUGCGUUUUAUCGAAAUACAUACAGAGAGUAGGGUUAUCUCGAAUAUUGUCAUUGCUUAUGAGGCUAUUGCCUGGCUCUCAGGAGCCGUCAUAGGCAAUUGUGCUCGAUUAUUUGUAAAAGUUUUUAAGAAAACAAGUGAUUUGGUGGAAAACUAUUUCGCUCUGUUAAUCUAG